CGCACGCACCGGCAGAGCCGCCCCUCGCCCGGGCCCCCGGUGCCCCCAGCGCCCGGUUCCGGUGCUCCCGGCCCCGGCGGAGCCUCCCCCGGCCCGGCCCCUUCCGCCGCCGCCCCGCCCGGCCAUGCCGCGGGGGCUGUCCCCCGAGGUGACAUUCGAGGAGGUGGCCGUGCACUUCUCCCCCGAGGAGUGGGCGCUGCUGGCGCCCUGGCAGCGGGCGCUGCACCGGGAGGUCAUGGGCGACAACUACGAGCUGGUGGCCAGCCUGGACCCCAGCUCCAAGCUCCCCGCCAUGAAGGAGGAGUCGCACGGGGGGGUUCCCUGCGCUGGGGGGCACAGCGGAGAUAGCGACACCAGCGACAGCUCAGGUGCCUGGAGCGGCUCAGACAGCAAGGACGACACCGGGGGACGCCGUGACCCGGGCUCCGCUGUGCCCCGCUCCGGCGGCCGUGACCCCGAGCGGCGGGGCCGCACCGGGCCCGUCCCCCGGCCGGUGCCGGCGGCGCCGGGGCCGCUGCCGGGGCCCGAGGCGGCGCCGGGCCGGCCGUACCUGUGCGGCACCUGCGGCCGGUCCUUCCGGCACCGCCGCAGCCUGCUGGCGCACAAGAAGCUGCGGCGGGGGAACCGCGCCCGGCACGGCUGCGCCGAGUGCGGCCGCGGCUUCUGCCUGCGCGGGGACCUGCUGCGGCACCGCGACACGCACCGCCCGCGGCCCCCGGGCCCCCGGCACCCCCGGGACCCGCGGGAGCAGCGGGGCGCGGCGGGGCCGGCCGAGGAGCGGCCCUUCGUGUGCGGCAGCUGCGGGAGCCGCUUCAGCUGGAGGGAGAGCCUGGAGCUGCACCUGCGCAGCCACCGCGCCCACCCGUGCCCCGAGUGCGGGCGCGUGUUCCCGCACCGCGGGCACCUCUGGCUGCACCGCCGGGCGCACUCGGGCCGCCGCCCCUUCCCCGGAGCCCGCCGCGGCCUCUGCUGCCACCGCGGGACACGGCGGCACGGCCCGCCCCGCGGGGACCGGGACGGGGACGGCGACAGGGAACCCCGCGGGGACAGGGACAGGGAACCCUGCGGGGACAGGGAUAGGGACAGGGAACCCCGCGGGGACAGGGAUAGGGACAGGGAACCCUGCGGGGACAGGGACAGGGAACCCUGCGGGGACAGGGACACGGAAGGGGAACCCUGCGGGGACAGGGAUAGGGACAGGGACGGGGAACCCCGCGGGGACAGGGAUAGGGACAGGGACGGGGACACGGACAGGGACAGGGACAGGGACUGGGAACCCUACCAGAUCACGAGGCCGGGAGCCGUUCUCCCAACUAAAUUCCUGAAAUUAGAGCGGAGCCGGGAGCGCGCGGGGGGCGGGGACGCUGAGGUGCCCUAA